UCCGAGCGGAGGGGUGACGGGUACGACGUUUCUUGGCACCACAGGAAGUCUUGCUCCUGGCACACACUGCGCAUGAGGAAGCGGGCAGAGAAGGACAGCAUGGGCAAGAGCGGAGCCCCCAGCCCGCCACGGAAACCCAAGGAGCCCCUGGCCCACACGCCCCCCGUCAGAGAGGCACCCAGCUCAGAGGACUCCGAGUGUGACGAUCUCGACCCCAACACUAGCAUGGAGAUCUUGAAUCCGAAUUUCAUCCAGGAUGUGGCCCCGGAGUUCCUGGUGCCGCUGUCCGACGUGUCCUGCCUGCUGGGGGCAUCGGUGACGCUGCAGUGCAAGGUGUGCGGGAGACCCCGGCCCAGCGUGUCCUGGAGGGGCCCGGACCAGACCGUCCUCAACCUCCAUGCCAGCAGUGCCGCCUACAUCGCCUCUGCCAGCGACUCUGGAGAAAUCUCCCUGAAGAUCUGCAAUCUUAUGCCACAAGACAGUGGCGUGUACACGUGCAUCGCCACCAAUGACCACGGGACCGCAUCCACAUCCGCCACGGUCAAAGUCCAAGGUGCCCGGGGGCUGGGGUCAGCAGCCCGGGAGAGGGACCACCCCCACACACUCGCUCAUUCAAUUGUACUUAUUGAGCACUUACUGUGUGCAGAGCACUGUACUAAUCGCUUGGGAGAGUAGCACAAUA